AUGGAAAUGAUGUUGCUUGCCUCCCUCCAGGACUAUAAUCAACCUUCCCCAGCUGUUCGAAUUUACAUCUCAUCCCACAGAGACACACAUCUCUACAUCGAGAGGCUAGCCGAGUGCCAGAGACUCACUGCAGAGAGAGAUGAGGCUGAGAUGCAACUCAAGCACAUUAAACGGGUUUCCCAAAUGGUGAUCGAGGAGGUGAAUGUGCUACAGACCCAGCUCGAGAUUGAGAAAUCGUGCCGGGAAAAUGCAGAGGCUCUGGCUACCAAGUUGAACUGUGAGAACAGGAAGCUGAAGUAUUUGAGCCUGUCCUCACGGCCGUGUCUGGACGAGCUGCUGCCCAGUAUUUCUGACUGCAUUUCCCUAGAAGAAGAGACUGACACGCAAGAUCCUGGCUCUGAUCCUUUUUCACAGUAUAAGCAGCAGGUCAAAGAUCUCCAAGAAACCGUGAGUUCUUUGCUGGAGGAGAAGAAGCAGUUGACCUGUCAGCUUCAAGAUCAGCAGAGGCAGAUAGAGGAGCUGACAGCACUCACUGAAAAGGAGCAGGCCGAGAUGAAGGAGCUUCAUAAAACCAUUGAGCAGCAAAGCAAGACCAUUAAGAGGUUCAAUAGGGUGUCUAUGAUGGCCACUCAUGAGUAUGAAAACAUGAAGGAGCAGCUGGAUUUGGAGCAGAGCCUCAGGCAGAAAGCAGAGACCUAUGCACAUGAGAUGAUGGUGAAGCAGAAAGAAGCAAACAGACAGAGCAUGAUUCUGCUGCAGCAAGCAGAUCCCAGCAUGCAACUGCUCAAAGCUUUAGAAGAUGUGGCCAGUGUGACCAAAACAUUAGAAGAAGAGAGAAUACAGCACCAAGAGAAGGUAAAAGCUCUAGAGGCUGAACUGGAAGAAUGUGCUUUGCGUAAGCAGCUAGUUCAACUGCAAAGACAACUGGAGAUAUUAGACGAAGAAAAAAAAGAGACCGAGGGACAACUGCAGGAGGAAGAGAAGAGAAACACUCUUUUGGAACAGAAAGUUAAAGAGCUGCAGGAGGAGAGGCCUCCUCCCUCCCGCUGUAACCCCCUCAGCUCUCUCAUUGCCAUCAUGAGGAAAUCUUCCAAGGGAGGUAAAGGACCCCCCAAACUAGAGCAAGCCCCAGUAAAUGAAGCAGUGGACGAUGUCAAAGUCAAAGCUGUCAAUGAAAUGAUGGAGAGAAUUAAACACGGCGUGGUUCUCAGGCCUGUGAAGAGUCAGGACACUAAGAGAUUUGGCACAAAGCAGCCGAGCCCAGUGGCAGCAGCAGCAGCAGCAGCAGCAGCAGUGGAGGAAAAGCACCAGGAAAGUGCAAUGGAAGAGCUGAAAGGCAUUCUGGAGACGGUGAAGAAGAGUCCCAGUCGUGGUUUCCAGGAAGUAGUUCAUGCUAAAAAGGACAGUGAACUGGAAGUAAUUCUGAGGAGGAGGCGCAAACAGGCCUGUGAUCUGGACACAGAAGAUGAUGGGCAGCUGAGUAAAGUCUCCUCAUCAAACAGCCUGAACGGCCGACACAGUUCUGACUCUGGCAAAGACACAGAAGGGCCGGGAAGCAGCUCUCUGUCGGGCAGCGAGCGCGGAUCAAGAACCAGCUCAGACUCGGGCCGAGAGCCAGCCGUGGCUCGACAGAGCUCCGAUUCUGGCAUGGAGUCCAAAGGAGCCGCUCAGACAGACAGUGUCUGCAGAUCUCUCUCUGAGAAAGAGUCCGCUGAACCAGUCACCAACGGGUGCUAUUCAAGUGAAAUGAAGGAUGGCGAUCCAGAGAAGUGGGCGGGGCCCAAUGGGAUCGGCCAUACGGAUGCAAGCGACGUCCUGCAAACCACCAUCAGCUCCUCUGCACAAAGCCCCAAUGCAGCAAACAGUAGCACAGACGCCGAGUGUUAACAGCAAGUGGCGCUGCAAGGACAGCUGCAUUAUUUGCACAAAACCAUGCUUUCUAAAUUUAUUUCAAAUUCAAAACCAACCGUUCAUAUUU